AUGGAUGGUUCCGUAGAUUCAUAUGGUUAUGAUAAACAACAAGAAAUUGGGUUACUUAAAUUACUUUAUGAUAUUAUUAUGCAACGUACUGGUACAUCAAGAUAUAAACAAAUAAUAAAAGAACUGGAAAAAGUUUGUCAUUUUAUUAUUACUGAAUCAAUUGGUUUUAAAUCUGCUUAUGGGGAGAAAACUUAUGAAAACUUUAUUGCAAAUAUUCAUGGACGACAAAAUGGAACAUAUGAUAUAAGUAUACCAUUAAUUAUUGGAUAUUUGAAAAAUGAUUUUAAAAGUAUUCUUAUGCCUGUUUAUUAUGAAUAUCUUCGACAAUGUUUACGUAAGAAAAUGCCAGUAGAUAAAAAUCUUAUUAUUGAUCGUUUAUUAUAUGGUGAUGAAAGUCAACGUGUAAAAACAGUCGCAAGUAAUACUAAUACAACUGGUAUCGAUAUAAAUCAAGAUCCUGAUUAUGUUGAACAAAGUUUUAUUAAAUAUUUUCAUGAUGAAAUGUGUAAACCAAUUGAAUUAAUUCCUGAAACAACUACAGGUGAAGAUCGAAAACUUAUUACUACUGAACCUGAAAUUGAAUAUAUAAAAACUAUUUUACAAUCAAUUGAUAAUCAAUUAAGUUUAGGUGUUCCUACUGUUAUUAAAAAUAUGUUAAAAUAUUGUGAACUUGAUGAAAAUUAUAUUGAAAAUCAUCUUGAUUAUGAUGAGUUACGAAAAGAAUUAUUAAUGAUUUUAUAUUUUGAUCCAUGUGUACCAGUAAAUAUAACUAAAUCAAAUGUAUUAAAUAUGAUUGAUGAAAAACUUCAAGGAAAUCGUGAUAAUUCAACAAUAUUUAAUUUUACACCAGAAACUAUUCGUAUUAUUACUUAUAAAAUUUUAACAGCAAAAACAUUAGAAGGUUUUGCUGGUCUAUUAAGAAAAUAUUGUCCAAAACGUUGUGGUCCAGUUUUUACUGAAUCUAUUAAAAAUUUUAUGAUUUUACCACAAACAGAUGAAAAUAACGUAUUGAUUAAAGAAAAAUUAAUCGCUCUAUUAACUAAUACAGUUGGGUAUUCACGAUUAUAUAAUAAUCAAAUGUCGAAUUUUUGUUGGCAACCAUUAGCUGAUGUUGAUAUUUCUCUUCUGGAAAAAAUUAUUGGUCAAGAUGAAUUAAAAAAAAUCGAACAAGAUAAUAGAGGAAAAAAAGUUUUACAUUGUUAUAGAACAAUAAAUAAAGCAAAUCAACAUGGUCACAGUAAUUAUAAUCCAAAUAUGAAUUACACAUUUACAUUUACUGGUUAUAACGAUCGAUAUUGA